AAAGCAUGUUUAUACAUCCUUUGCGUAUGCAGUCUUUUUUUUUUUUUUUUUUUUUUUUGAGAACCCUUGGCAGACUUGAUAUAGUAGCAGUAGUCUAACAAUUAUCACUAACCAAACGACAAACAAUUGACAAUGGAACCCAGCGCCGACGGUUCCACCACCACGACCACGGCGAGUCCCGCCCCGGCCUCUUCCGCCGCGGCCGCCAUCUCGCAGUGGAAAUUCGCGGUAUCACAGCGGUUCCAGCACUUCCUAGACAAGUCAACACCGUACUUGCUCUACCGUUGGAUCGCGUUUCUCUGCAUCGCAUUGAUCUAUGGAGUCCGGGUGUACCUGGUCCAGGGAUUCUACGUGGUUUCUUAUGCCCUCGGCAUCUACUUGCUCAAUUUGUUCGUCGGCUUCCUUUCGCCGCAGGACGACCCCGAAUUCGACGCCACGCUCCCUAUUCGGAGCUCCGAAGAGUUCCGCCCCUUCGUCCGCCGCCUCCCCGAAUUUAAAUUCUGGUAUUCAAUCACCAAAGCCUUCUGCAUUGCUUUCGUGCUGACAUUCUUCAGCGUAUUUGAUGUACCUGUGUUUUGGCCGAUACUUCUCUUCUACUGGGUCAUGCUGUGCACACUAAUGCUAAGGCGACAGAUACUUCAUAUGAUGAAAUAUAAAUAUGUUCCAUUUACUUUCGGGAAGCAGGUAAUCUGCAAAUGUCAUUGCCUGCAUUUUCUGCAUUGCUUGAGAUGCCUUUUGUCUUCAACAUAAGAUUUGUCCAUUGUUCCUUUCAGCGGUAUAGUGGAAAGAGAGAAUCCUCUCCGGAGAGAGAAAGCUUGCAUCCCUAGUUGAAAAUUCGCGGGUGAAGUGUAACUCUUACUUUCGUGACGUUAACCUGCAAGUUUUCCUAUUAAAUACUCUGUUAUCUCAGUUUCUAAUUCUUUGAUUUUGUCUCCUCAGGAAAUGUUUGGCUUCCACCAGCUGAUCGAAGCCUUCCUUGCUCGGCUGCAGAGAGCCUUUCUUCACAGGGGGGAAAUUGUAUGCCGGAAUGCAGAUAUUUGAUCUGACUAGGAAAGUUUGAAAUGUUAAAACCAGCAAUGAGUUGGUUGAUGUGACAUAGAGUUUAGAUGUUGAAUAGACUAAUGAAGAAAUAUUUCACUUCAUGUUGGAGUUAUGCAGAAUUUGAUAUCUUAUAUAUACAUAAAUAAAUUUAUAAGCA